AUGGCGAUGAAUUCAAGUCGCCAUUUCUGCCCAACAGCUGUGAAUUCGCUGGGAAGCUCCAUGGAACCAUAUUCCUUUCGAUUCCUAAGGUACAGCUCAUCGAUUUCACUCAGAUUCCAAUCAUCAAACGACGAAACUUCAUACAGGAGAUUCGGUUUCUCUCCUAUGAAAAAGGUCAAACGAUUGUCUUGCGACAGUAAUGGGAGCAGUAGGAAUGAGAAUUGGAACAGAGCCGAGAAGCACAAUCAGUAUAAACCUGCAAAAUUAGUGUUGAAACAUCGGAAAGGAGAGAGAUUUUCGGAUUUAGGGCUCACGAGUAGUGAUGGUGAUGGGAGUGGGAGCAGUAAUACAAUGGAGAAGAUUGUUGAGAAAUUGAAAACGUUUGGAUUUGUUGACGAAGAUCAGUUUCAGGAUAAGGAAAGUGAACAAGAGAAGAGGGGGAUGGAUAAAGGGUCAAUGGAGGAUGAUGUAUUUGAUGAGGAAGAGAAGACGAGAGGUGGAUUUUCAGAGGAAUCACCAUUUGGUGUCUAUGGAGGGAAUGGAGAAGUGAAGUUUCCUUGGGAGAAAGUGAGUGCUAAGGAGAAGAAGGAGCUGGUAGAUGGAGUGUGGACAGCUAAGAAGGAGAGUAGAUACUCGUUAGCGGAGAUGACUCUUCCGGAAUCGGAGCUGAAUCGGUUGAGGAACGUCAUGUUUCGAACGACGAGCAAGAUGAGAGUUAAAGGUGGAGGUGUUACUCAGGCUGUGGUGGAUGCGAUUCAGGAGAAGUGGAAAAGCUCAGAGAUUGUGAGAUUGAAGAUUGAAGGUGCAAAUGCACUCAACAUGAGACGGAUGCAUGAGAUUUUGGAGAGAAGAACUGGUGGUUUGGUGAUUUGGAGGUCAGGGACGUCCAUAUCCUUGUACAAAUACAGAAAUGAUAGCAACAGGGAUGCAUCUGUGAGCAAGUACAAGCAGAUAUACAGAAGAGCAGAGACAUCGCCGUCUUCCUUACCUGCAAGUACAGUGGAUUAUAGUGUUGAACAAGUGCAUCAUCCUCAGCUAGAGAAGGAGGUAACUAGUGUGGGAAAUAAAGACAGGGGAUUUCAACAAGAAGUAGAAUAUGAAGAUGAAAUCAAUGAACUGUUGGAGGGUCUUGGUCCUCGGUACACAGACUGGCAGGGAGGUUAUCCGUUACCUGUUGAUGCUGAUUUGCUUCCAGGGAUCGUUCCUGGUUACGAACCACCUUUCAGGAAACUUCCGUAUGGAGUGAGAUCAAAUCUGGGGCAAAAGGAGGCAACGUCUUUAAGAAGACUUGCCACAGUUCUUCCUCCACACUUUGCUUUAGGUCGAAGUAGACAGCUGCAAGGGUUGGCUACAGCGAUGGUUACGUUAUGGCAAAAGAGUUCGAUUGCUAAGGUUGCCCUUAAACGUGGUGUACAGUUGACUACUAGUGAGAGAAUGGCUGAGGACAUCAAGAGAUUGACGGGAGGUACGCUGCUCUCUAGGAACAAAGACUUCUUGGUCUUCUACAGAGGGAAGAGUUUUUUGACACCAGAGGUAGCUGAAGCAUUGGUGGAGAAGGAGAGACUUGUAACGACUUAUCAAGACGAAGAGGAACAGGCACGUCUAAGAGCAUCAUUGGCUCUGCUUGCCCCAAGUAUUAAAGCUAAUCAAAACCUUGUUGCUACUGGUACUCUUGGAGAAACGCUUGAUGCAAGUAGUAAGUGGGGAAAGAAUCUGGAUGACGAAGAUCAUGUGGAGGAAGUGAAACAAGAGACGGAGAGACUGAGGUCUGCUAAUAUUGUCAGGAAGCUGGAAAGGAAUCUUGCUUUUGCUGAGAAAAGGCUGCUGAAAGCUGAACGGGCUUUGGCUAAGGUGGAGGAAUCUCUGAAGCCGUCAGAGGCGAGAACAGACGUGGAGGGCAUAACUGAGGAAGAGAGGUUUAUGUUCCAAAAGCUCGGAUUGAAGAUGAAAGCAUUCUUACUUCUUGGUCGAAGAGGAGUGUUUGAUGGUACUGUAGAGAAUAUGCACUUGCACUGGAAAUACAGGGAGCUAAUCAAGAUUCUUGUGAAGGCUAAAAGUUAUGAAGGUGCGAAGAGUGUAGCAAUGGCCCUUGAAGCUGAGAGUGGAGGUAUCCUUGUUUCUGUUGACAAGAUUUCCAAAGGUUAUGCCAUUAUAGUGUAUAGAGGAAAAGACUACCAGCGUCCUUCCGAGAUGAGGCCUAAAAACCUCUUGACAAAGCGGAAAGCUUUGGCUCGUUCUCUUGAGCUCCAAAGACGCCAGGCUCUCAUAAAACACAUUGCGGUGAUACAGAUAAGAUCAGAGCAGCUGAGAGCUGAAAUCGAACAAGUGGAACUUGUAAAAGACAAGGGAGAUGAAACGUUAUACAACAAGCUUGACAUGGCUUAUUCAUCUGGGGACGAGGAGACAGAAGAAACAGAUGGAGAAGGAGAUGACAUCUAUUUAGAUACAUACGAAGGUGGUGAAGAAGGUGAGAUUCAGGCGAAGAGUUUACUAUCUGAUGUUGAAUUUGACUCAGAUGAUGAAGACUGGGAUUCAGAUGAAUCAGACACUGAGUUUAGCGAUGACUCUGCAUCCUCCACAACACCAGAAGCAACCUUUGUAGACACUGAGAACGAGGAACUUCAUCUGCAAUCAUAA